UGGCCAUUUGUCAUUGCGUUUCAUCUAGAUUCAUAGAUUCACAGAUUCAUUUAUUUCCUCACUGGAAGCAUGGGCAAAGUCGCAAAGUGUACAAAAUAUUAAAUAUGUUCGUCCUGCAGACCUCUGCGAUGUAGAGAUGUAAAGAACUGACGGAAGGAUAUACCGAUUAGUUGCAUAUAAUCCCAGGAAUGAGAUCAUCUUCAGAUAAAGGAAGGGACAACUCAUCGCACAAAUUCCUAAUCCCGGUCCCUUUGUCAAAAGAAGCAAGGGACAAUUUGUGCAUUCAUUCAUUCGUGAGCGUAAUUUGAUUCGUUACAAUUUAUUCAGCUGUGAGGAAGGGUACACAAUUAAAAUUGUAAUUGGCCAGAUACACACAUACAAAAACUUAAUAGCAUAAACUGUAAUAUUGCAAUCCUGCUCAAAUUAGCUGUGUCUAAAGUUCAAACUUUAAACUAAUAUUCUUAUUUGCCCCCGUAAAAUCGAAUGCAUUGCACAGAAAUACGUGACAUAUUUUAUCCAGCAUGUGGAUUUUGAUAAGUUUUCACCCCUUCCGUUGUGCAGCUUCAGUACGGAGUGAACUGAGUGAAGCUGUGAAACGACAUAAAUAAAGGGCAAUCACGAGGGUUUAAUUCCAUUCAUUUCUAAAUAUAAUACGGCUGCUUCGAUCAUGCAACAUUUAUUUCCAUGAAUUCUGAGCAGUUUAUGAAGUCGGGUUGACUUUCUAAACAAGGAAAUCCAUUCGGUUCAUCUCAUCACAUCGUUGCAUUGGUCUCUUCUCAUCAGCAAAGCAAUCCCAAAUGUGUGGGGAGUCCCUCUUGUGUAAUAUAAACUGCCGACCAAUGUAUGCAACCCCUGAGGGGAACAACAUACGAAACCCUGCAAGAAAAGGGCCUUUCAGUUUAAAUGCACAUUUUAUGAUUUCAUGUCAUCUCGUACUCUUUCUUCUUCACAAGUGUGUGGAUCGAUUGGCCUUUUUGUACGAGGAUGAGAUUAGCUCGAAAGUCAAAUAAUACGUAUUCCUCGAUAUAUGUAUGUAGGGACAUCCUUAUGAUGAUCAUGUCGUGUUUAUGUUAUUGAAACUUAUCAUUUACAGGGAAGGGACGAAACGUAAAUGUGUAAUGCAAUCUCCCUGUGAGGAGAUUCAUUGUAAAUAUUAUGGAUCAGAGAUCGCCCAACCGGCUCACCCUCGUGGUUUUAUGCGUCCAUUUCAAUACAUCUUUUAUGCACUUGUUCCCUAAUUCUAAUUCUGAUGCAUUUUCUGUACUUAUUUAUUCUGCAAUCCCCACGAAGAUAUAACGGCCGGGCUGGCAGUAGGGAGUCAAGAUAAUUUUUGGAGGCUUAACUUUAGUCAUCAUUCUGUGAAAGGCUGUGAACGGUCGUAGAGAAAACCAAGUCCUGCUGCUUCUGUAAAUGCUCUUGACCAAAUGUGGAAACAUUAAAGACAUUCAUUGAGUGCAAACAUAAUGGCAACAGAGUUGUCACUUUUGGACUUUUAAAUGUUCUGACAUGAAGCAACAUUUCAUUCUAAAAGUAGGAGAGUAGUGGUGUGGGUAUCAGUCUACAUACAUAUUUACAUACACACAAGUAGAUAAGUGUCCGGCUUGGAGCAGUGAAAAUUAAUGAGGUGAACUAUAACUAACUAAAAAUAUUCGAGUGUUGGUAAUAAUACUUACGACCCUCACAGCAACUCAUCAUCCGUGUUACUUCACUUUCUGCUUCGGUGUAAACGUAAGUUUGACAGGUGUACGCUCAAACGUUGAGACGAAUGUCACAACUCUGCAAAACUGUGUACAAGAAUUAAAGAAUCGCCCUUUUCCCCUCUCGUUACCAGUGUGAGUUAUGGUUAUUUGUUCUAGAUGAAUUUUACUACAAACAUUUCCAGAGUCCUGGAAUAAGUAUUGUUAUUGUGUUAUUUUAUUCUUCUCCUCUCCUGAGAAAGUAAGAAGGACGUGUUGUCGUUUCGGGUAAAUGAGCAGAAAUGCUGUAAAAACUAAUUGGUCGGACGUGUUCUUUCCUAGGUUUCACCAAACUGAAGAGUACGAUUCUUUCCUAUGCUAGCUUAAAAAUAAGUUAAAUUACAGUGAACAUUGGAUCGUGACCUAAUUAUUUCCCUGUGGACAUUAUAACAGUUUGUAUCAAUAGGAAUUACUUUGUAAAAAUAUAAAAAAAAAAUGGGCAGUGAAAUCAUAAUAAACUUGAAAACGCGUCCACCAAUUCCACCAAGAUCUCGAAUCCCCACCGGCCCAAUCUCGAUAAGAAAGCAACAGCAGCAGGAACUUUCUCCUCUCAAUGGCUUGGGUUUCCGACGACUUAAGCCUUCUUCAUUGCCCUCAUAUCUGGACAGAAGUGGUUCUCCAUCCCAAAUGUCGUCGGACAUAUCACUCAACACACACACAACAGCUCAAACAACGGCGAAUAAUAAAAAUAAAACUGCAAUUUAUAAAAGAAUUCACGGGCAGCAGCAACGAAUUCAACAAGAGCAACAGCACCACUUUUGCCAGUCUUACCAAGUUCAGAAUCCGCAGCAGCAGCAGCAGUCGUCACCCUCAAUAAUGGUCUCCAAUCCGUCGAGUCUCAACAAAAGCCUUCAACUUCUUCCACCAUCAUCGUUGCUGUUGUCGUCGUCGUCAUCGUCUCAAUCUUUAUCUCGGCCACGGAUUUCUUCUUUGUCAGUAGCAGAAUUGGCUACAAGAUUUCUGGAAGAGAAUGUCCGGAACUACUGCAUCAAACCGCGGAUAUUUCCGAUGGAGAGCACGUCAUUCCCUUGUGAAAGAGUGCCGACGCCGUUCGUCUUCACUUCAGAAGCUCGAAUUCAUCACCAUCAUCGAAGGAGCCAAGUGUUGGAAGUUGGAGGAGUUGACUUUGUGGACAAAUUACUUCACAGUUCGGAUGCAUUGGCAACGACGACGACAACUGCCACGGCCACGGCUGUCUUUUCUCAAAACAGAUCUUGUGCAGCAGCUGUCACCUCGUCUUGCAUCAGACUUUCCAUGAUGAGCAACGCCGUCAUGUCGUCGUCCUCAUACCAGGGAGGCAGCAAUAACGGCCACGGCAGCCUCGGCAGCAAUAGUAACAAAAGCAAUUCGCUGGCCAACUCCCAAAACGGUCGUGUGGAUUUCGCGUCAGUUUUGAAGAAAUCGAAUGCGACCCCCAUUCCACCUGCGCUCUCCAGAAAGUUGGGACGUGGAUCAUCAGAAUCUCCGUUGGGAAAGGUGAAAGUCAUGCUUCGAGUGUGCGAGAACCCAGAGGAAGCGAGUGGGCCUGGAAUUCUGGGCGUGGACCAGCGACGCAAGCAAGUGACCCUGAUCGACCCAGGGGGGACGGGCCCUAAUGGGAUUACUCCAGAGGAACGACGUGUCGGAGUCUCGGCCCCAAAAAUGUUCGGAUUCGACGGGAUUUUCAGUGAAGAUGAUGACCAGGCGGAAAUAUGUGCUUCAGCUGCUGCAGAGCUGGUUGCGUCUGUCAUCAGUGGAGAAGAUGGAUGUUUGGUUGCAUUAGGAUACUGCAGCGCAGGAAAGAAACAGACCAUGUUUGGAAAACCUUCCACCCAAAAGCUAGGAAUGAUUCCAACAGCGAUUUCCUGGUUGUUUAAAUCCAUUCAGGAACAGAAGCAGAAAACUGGUUCUCGUUUCUCGGUCCGCGUUUCGGCUCUUGAAGUUACUGGGGGAUCCGUACAUGAAACCAUCACUGAUUUACUUCUUCCCUUCGUGAACGACGGAGAUCAGCCGCCCGGAGCGUAUUUAUUGGAUGGGAACGGAAGUGCUGUCAACGGACACAAAGGGUCGACUUUGGCCAAAAGUGUGACGGCCCCAGUUCUCAAUUCUGUGAGUGAAGUGCGAAGCCCCAAUCCGGAAACUGCUGGAUACUACUUGGAUUCUGCUCUUGACGCCAUAAACGCCAAGGCUGAAGGAGGAAGUGGAGGAGCCGGGCACAUCGUCUUCACCCUUCACGUCUACCAAUACUCCAUCGAUAAGAAUGGCAAGGGCGUUGUCGGAGGGAGAAGCAAAUUGCACUGUGUUCUUCUCGGGAAUGGGUCUCCUUCGAUCUCGGUCUUGAGUGGACUCCUUUUGGCCGUCCUCAAUGGUCAGCGUCAUUUGCCUUCCAGCAAUCAUUCCAAACUGGGUGCUAUCUUACGCGAAUGUCUGGGCUCCUUGACAUGUCGAGCGGUUGUGAUGAUUCACAUUUCCAACUCGCAUUCCCGGUAUGCAGAGACGCUGGCAGCCUUACAAUUGGGUUCGAGGGUCCAUCGUCUUCGUCGAAGCCGGAGGUUGAAGAUGGGAAGCGUUGGGAGUGGGACGGGCUCUGGUGGAAGUUCUGGAGGAUCAGGUGAAGAAAUGCGGAACGGGCUUGGGACGACUAAUCAAGUUGGCGAAGGCGAAACCAGUUCGGAUAUUGACCCCUCUUCAUCAGAACAGUCAUGUGAUACCGUAAUUUAUUUAGGACCAUCUAUCGACGAGGCUACAGACGGGGAACACCCUCCAUCCUACCCAGUCUAUCUCCCAUCGCUGGAGACCACUGAAAACGGAUGCAACAUGAAAAUCAUUCCAUCCAAAUGUCCCCCACUGAAUAACGGCUCGUCUGUGAAUGGGCCAAAUCCAAAAACAAAAAGUCCAAAGCCAAAGUCAUCAAAUAAAAUUUUGCCGGACAGCUCUUCUUUCGUCGCCACUGCUGCUUCUGGGUUGAAUGGUAGUGGAGUUGGUGGGAACAAGUCCGAAGAGAAAUGGGUUGACGGUCCUAAAGUUACAAAGUACCAUCGUCAGCUACAGAACCACCUUCAGCCACCAUCCUCUCCUAAAAAGAAGGGCGGCGGUUGUGAGACAUGGAUCGACGGGCCAGGAGUUAAUCAUCAAGCCAACAACUUUCCAAGUCCGAAAAAGUCAGUCAACCAAGCCAAGGAGAAAGCUACGAGUCGAGGUGGAGGGGGGCUGGCAGCAGUGGGAUCUUGCAGUAAUGCUUCACCAUCUUCCGACCCCUGUCUCAUGACUUCCACGAAGGCUGAAAUGAUUCAAAAAUGGAUUUCCAACCAAACCCACUCGCCCACUUUCUUUGACGACAUUUCAAAAUUGGACGACUCAUUCUUUGGGGGAACUAGUCAAAUUGGGUCCAUUUUCAGUGGACCACCUUCCCAAAUUCUUCAAAAUAAGAUUGGUGGAAAUAUUCCAUACUUUUUCAGCAACAGCAGCGGGGACGCACAUUUUAAUAGCUUCUACCCGGAACCUGAGUAUAAGGCUCUCACCGUUUUCAAGACGUGCGACGAGGAGGAUCCUGAUGAAGGAAGAGAUGAAGACGGAUAUGAAUUUGAAUUCAUCGAGGUGGUUGAGCCGGAAGUUCCGGUUCCGACUAAUGAUGUCUGUCUUCAGGUGACGGAAGAAGAUAUUGCGCUAAGUUUCCUAUUAGAAAAUAGAGAAAAUCCACUUCCGGAAUCUGACCAGAAUUAUGUGAUGAGCUCGGGAGGGUUCCUUGACAAAUUUCGAAGUGCAUCUUUCUCUGAAUGCCCCGAGCAUGUUUCUAGCUCAUCAUUUCCAACCCUUGACAAGUCUGACCACCCACUCCGUGUUUUAAGCCAGGAAUGUCUCACUGUGGUGGACACAUUCACAGACUCCUUGUCAAUAAGUGGAGGCGAUUUGGAAAGGUUCUGGCAAAGUAACAACGGCUUUCACGAUGCUAAUCACAAAGAUAAUCAUGAAAUGAAAAUUUGUCAUGGCUUAUGCAAAAAUUUGGUGACAUUGUCACAAAUGUCCUUGGACAAUCUGAAUGACUACCCCUUGGAACCCCUCUGCAUGCCCCUUACCCCCUUCACAUUAUCUCAACCGCAACCAAAUGGCCCUCACACAAAGUGCUACGAAGAUCAACCACCUUUGCAACACAAACCUCCCACAGGAAAAUUGAUCCUCAAAGAGCCGCCAGUCCUGAGCAGCAACGACGCCACUGUUUUUGUUAAGAGUCCUGGUCCACCAACACGACCUCGUAUUUCAUCACUAACAGUGCACAGCCGGAAGUCGACGGGGGGAAAGGACUUGAGUGACGCGGAGCAGGACGCAAUCAGCAUCCCUCCGAUGGACCUUUUGGACGUGAAUCAGAUCAAGAACAAUUGCCAUCCUAUGGACAAUAACUGUCCAAUUAAGGUCCAACCAAAGCUAUCGGUACACCAUCUUCACCACGUCAGUUGUGAUCAUAAUCAUCGUCAAAAUGACCAGACUUUAAACAUCAAUAAUGGAACUGGUAGUGGUGGACUCUUGUCGUCAUCCAAUCUGAAUAACACAAAUGCAUCGUCAUCAACACUAAAUGGAUCGGCUUCUUCGACUCUCAGCAUUCAUAGCAGCCUCCACCACAGCGACGCAACUCCCCCCCAAUCCUUGUCCCCGGAAGUAAUUCCAAUCCAAUUGCUUGAAACUAAUGGGAAAUCACCAAGUAAGAGUAAAUCACGGAAAAUUGCAAGAUUUUUUCGAUCGAGAUCAAAAUCUCCCAAGAAAGUUUUGGCUGCGGUGACCACCACGAGCAGCAGUGAGAGUGGCAAGUCUUCAGUUAGUUCUAGUGACGCCAAGCACUCUUCUUCCGCAUCUUCGUGCUCCUCUGGAGUUUCGAUUCCAGGUUCAACUACUUCGAAAUCACAGAAACAACAUUCCUCCCCCAAACAUCAGUCUCCCAGUAAAAAACAACAAUCAUUAAAAAGUAAAGUUAUUCAUUCUGGUUUUGUGGCAUCCAGUAACGGUGCGGAUUAUCAUUUUACUUGCGACUCAGCCUUACCAAUGUUUUUGCCAAAUCCUAAUCCCAACAGUAAAGUAUUAAACUCAUCAACCCUUGAAAAUUGUAACAGUGGGAUGAUUAAUGGAGACGGGUUGGAAAAUUCAAAAUGAAUCGAGUCAUAAAUAUAUUACAUAAUCUUUAAUGCGCAUAUUAUGGAUAUUAGAUAAGUGCUUUUGUCAUAAUUUUUAAAGUUUAGACUUUAUGAUAAUCGCUAUGAAUAAUAAAUAUCCAGUAAUUUUGAAAAUAUGGUAUUUAUUAUUGCUAUUAUUUAUUCGUCCUUAAAUGGCAGUUAGUUUAGCAGCAAAGGGCCAGGUUGAGCUCCACUAAUUCUAUGAUAAUAAUUUACAUACAUACAUACAUACAUAUAUAUAUAUAACUAUUAUUCAAUUCAAACAACAUUGUCAUACACACAAGUAAGUUCAUACAUGUUACGUAUAAUUUUUUGGGAUUUCUUUGGGUGGGUAACAGUAAAUACCACUUUCGGACUAAUUUGAAAUAAAUGUGCUCAGUCUUGGUAUUCAUAUGUAAGUGCAAAAGAAAAGGGUUUUCCGUGGUUGUUUCGGUGAAAGUGACUUAUUGGUCGCAUCAUUCAUUAUAUAAAUAUAUGGUCUAAAUAGCAGGUACAAGCUUGUGAUGUAUUAUCAUUAGGUCAACUGCAUUUGCAGCAGAAAAGAGGCAUUUGAAAAGCUCAAAUUGCAUCACAAUAACAACUCUACAGAAUAUCACUAAUAAUAAAGGAUCAUGUAAACAUCAUUAUACACGAUUGAUUGUACAGGGUAGUGGACACAAAAUUAAAACAAAGUAGUCAGAAAAAAACUUCACAA